UCAGUGAAUCAAUCAACUGGUUAUAGUCCUUUUGAGGCUGUAAUGGGAAAUAAUCCUCACAAACCAAUUGAUUUGCUUCCAUUACCAGCUAGCGCUCGUCCAAGUGCUGAAGCUGAGGCUUUCUCUAAGCAUAUUCUAGAUAUACGUGAUGAAGUUCGAUGCCAGAUUGCUAUCAGCAAUGAAUGGUACAAAACCCAUGCAGAUUUCAAGAAGAAAUUUGCAGAAUUUGAAGAAGGGGAUGAAGUUAUGGUUCAUAUUCGGCCAGAGAGGUAUCCUAAAGGUGUCUACAAGAAGCUACAUUCCAGAAGUGCAGGUCCUUUCAAGGUUCUCAAGAAAAUCAGCUCAAAUGCUUAUGUUCUUGAGUUACCCAAAGAUAUGGGAAUUAGCAACGUGUUCAAUAUUGAAGAUUUGACUGCUUAUGAUGGUCAUUUUGAUGAUUCAGCAGAUAGGACUUCUAAAGCUACUCUUCCAACUCCUACAUGCUUAUGUGAAGCAAUGGAAGAUGUUCUUGACCACCAAAUUGUGUCAACUACAGGGGGCAGCUACCAGAAGUUUCUUGUUCAUUGGAGGGGACGACCAUGUACAGAUUGUACAUGGAUUAGUGAAUCUGAAUUUCAGAAGUUGGAUCCAGAUUUCUAUGAGAGGUAUCAGGCCAUUAACUCGCCGGGGUCGAGUCUUCUCAAGCCGGGGAGAGAUGAUAGAGAUGAGGGGCAAAAAUCCACUAGGGUUUAUAGGAGGCACGCAAAGGGUGUGUCGAAUGACCAAGCAUUGAUUUGGUAUGCUUUUGAUGACAAGGAACCAACUUGGGAGUUGGUUUGUAUCUUAUGGAGUUUGUUUUCUGAUUUUCACUAGUAGGGGUAUUUUAGUAAUUUGGUUAGCUGCAGGAAUUUUAUGUUUAUGGUAAUUUUUUGUUUAGUAAUUAGUAUUUUAGUUGUUAUGGGGAAUAAGAAAACUUAGCUUUCUAGCGUUCUACUAGAAUUUUAUUCUAGUUAAGAGUCCUAAUUAGAAUUGGAGUUGGCUUUGUUCUAACAUCUAUAAAUAACCACUUCUCCACAAAGAGAAGGCAGAUUUUUUGGCAUUAAUAAAAUUUUCCUGCAGACUCAAAAUCUUUCUUAGGGUUGUGUGAUACAUCCCAACUUUAGGUGUGAUGCCUAAAGAUUCCUAGGAGUGAUUCCUAGACUUACUAACCAGAUUUUCAUCUUCUUAAGCGUAUUUUCUUAUCCUAUUCCUAGUUGCUAUUUCAAUUUUGGGUGAAAUUCGAUAUCUGGGUUUUUUUACAAAGCUGAUGUGCCUACCAAGUGUUCGUGCUGCGUCAGUAAGACUAAUAUGUUUCUAUUUUUCUUUAUUGCUUUGUUUUCACAAGAAAUACAAAACUAGAUUGUGACAAUGUGAAACUGUAAAAGGGAAGGUUAAGUUAGCAGGGUAGCACAACAUUUUUGUAAGUUACAGCGUAGAAAUGGAUUGACAAAACAACUGCCAGGCAACAAUUGUUUCAUGUCACAAAUUCUAAACUAUCAAUCUCCAGGCAUUGCCUUUCUAGUUGUCUCCACUGUCAACCUAUAUCAACUUAGCAGUCAUUGCUAACUUCUCUAGCCAUACGAGUUAUACUAACUGUUCUCAGACAAAAGAUAGGAGGUAUAGUACAUCAUUUUUGGCUAGUACCACUUUGCACCCUUUAAUAUUUGAACCAAGUUUCAACUUUCUACCCCAAACUUCAAUUUAGACACAUUGUGCCCUAAAGUUACCGCAAUUCAUCACACUUGGAAACUACAGACAAUUACACACAUAACUUGCAUGCAUAACAUGUUAGAGGCGAUGAAAUGGUGCCUUCCAUGAUCUCAGUGGAGGAGAAGCAUGACAUGGUGUGCCAGCACUUAAUUUCUCCCAUUUCCUCUACCAAUGUAAGAGAUUGGUUUGUGUUAAAACAGAUUGAUAGCUGCAGCAUGCAAAGUAUCCAAAAUAAAAGUCAGAGGUCAAAGUAAAUUUUCAUAAAAAAGCAGAGUAGCAAAGUUACAUUGCUUUAUAGUUUUUCAGGGCAAUGGGUGACCAGCUUGUCUAAGGGAUGUGUCUACUGCAAGCAAUAUGGAUCAAAGGUUAUAGAAAAGGGAGCAUAGUGGACCUCUAUUAACCAAAUGCUUCACAGUAAGCAUGACAUCAAGACCAAGGGUUUCAGCGCAAGAUCUAUUGGAAAUUUGGAUAUGCAGACACUUCACAAGAACAUGCAGAUACUGAACAUUUGCUAGCCAUGACCAUAAGCAUGGAAUUUAAGCAGGCUUCAUACCAGAAAUGCGAGGCAAUUACCAGAAGAUCUGACAGACCAAAAUAACUUUGUAAGUUCGUAAACAUGUAAAGACUUCUGUAUGUUUGAGUGUACGCAAUCUAUUUGUGGGCAAUUAGUCAAAAUGAUCAUUGCAUUUUACACAUGAUAUUACACUUUCUUAUAGCAAUAAUUCUCACAAAUUUCACUCUCCCUAAUCUUAUUUCAACAUGCCUAUUUGAACUACUUGAAAAAAAAGGUUUUAAGAGAAACCAGGAUAUGUAGUAUACUUAGUAAUUAGACAGGAAGGCAUCAACAAUGCAAAUUUCAUAAGAGACACUUACAAGAACUGGGACUACAAAAUUCGUAACUAGUCACUAAGAGCUGAUGCCAUUAAAUCAUGACCUUGUAAAAUACCUUUUUGAAAGAAUUAUAAAU